UGAGUGCGGGCCGAGUCUCCAGGAUGUAGUGCGGCUUGUGUGCGGGAUGUGGUGGCUGUGUGCGGUGUCCGCUCUGCUCUUAAGCCGGCCUCCUCCUCCAGCAGCCGGCGCUACGUGUGACGACGACCCGUCUGAUAUACAGCUGGACCUGCCGGAUGAAGAUGUCUAUACUUGCACUGAGGAUUAUAUUCCUCUGUCCCAUCAGGUCCUCCCUAGUAUUUCUUCCCGGUAUGAGCAGGAGAAUUCCUCUCACGUGUGCAUGAACACUGCCAUCGUCUACGUCUCUGCCAUACCAAACAGUGGAGCACACAGACCGAUAAUGGCCAAGUAUGGAGAAUAUAUCUUCUGCCCACCUCAGCAGUGGGUUCACAAUCUCAAGCGUGGCGGUGUGGCCUUCCUGUACCAUCCAUGUGUACACCCAAAACUGAAGGAAGCAUUAUCUUUACUGGCCAGACGUUCCAUGGCAAAACACAUAAUCACACCCCUCCAUACCCUCUCCAGAGACAGGCCCCUAGCAUUGGCUGCUUGGUGCUCGACUCUGGAGAUGUCUCACAUAAAUAGGACCGAAGUCAUUGGGUGGUUAAGGGACAACGUGCACAUUGAACACCAGACUAAAACAGGAGGAGAAGGUUCCUACCAGCAUUUACUGAUCCGACCGUCUGUGAUGACACCUGGUGACUCCAGUAAGCACUUGAGGGUACUAAAUUAUUUUGCCAGCAAAGGUUCCCAGUUAAGGAGGCAAGCUGUAAAGAAGAGGCGGAGAAGAUCAGUGUUACGUGUUACCCCACUUGUCCAAGAAACAACAGUUUAUAAUGUAUCUCGCAGUAGCGUCUCCACCCCAGCUGGAUCACAAACUGGGAAACUCUACAAUAAUCAGAAUUCUAUCUCAAAAACAUCUGUGUCUGCCAACAUCCAUUCUCUACCAGAUCCUGUAACACCAGGGCCUCCUGUGUAUUUACCUCAGGAAACCACUGCUGAAAGGUUAAAGGCUGACAUCCAGAGUAGAGAAUUAGGUGAACAUGUCCUAGCUGAAAGGGCAGAUCUACCAGCGAGCAAUGAAGAUCCCCCUCCCGAAAAUAUCACACCAGGCUUAUCUGGACUAAAUUUGGGCCAUUCUAUUCGAGAGAAUGCCUCCGAGGAGUUAAGCCACCGUUCUGCAGGGACUCAACAUGCGGACUUUCACGAUUCAAAGCAGAGUAAGGUAUCUGUAGAUACUGUCCUCCUUCCUACACCUACUCCUCAAACACGAGGUAAGUCUACUGACAAGCAGUUAUUGCCCUCUGAAAAGCCUGUGAUUGACAGCAAAGGGCAGAAACCAGACUGCGAGUGUCAGCAGGAUCCCCAAUUGCAAUUAACAGCAAAGGCCCAGAGGAGGUUGGGUGUCAAUCGGCAGAAAAACUCUGAAGUGUUUGUCUCCACUCCACGCACUGAAGAAGCAAAGUGGGCAGUGGCAUCUCUCAGCUUCCUCUUUGCAUUGCUCACUUUUUCAGUCUUAUACACACAAAUUUAUAAGAAAUUCCGCAAAAGUCAAAGUCUGUACUGGACCUCGGGAAGCCAUUUAGACGAGGAGUCUGUGGCGUCGGUUAUCAAGAGGAGGUUGGUGCAGGGUCACAGCAUACGCAAGAAAUGGAUUGGACGCAAGAAAAGUCCUGUGGUCUUGUAUGAAAGUCUGAGUGACAGUUCGGACUAGCGUAGUGCGUGCCGUCGAGAUUAGGUCCUUUAUCUGGAAGUGGAAUGACACAUAAGUCAGUCAGAGACGUUGUCACAGAAUCCUGUCUAUUAUACAGGUGACAUUGUGUCCUAGUGAUGUCACCAGUUCCUGUCGCAUUGAUUCAUUUUUGUUUUGGGUCCGUACUCCGUUUUCAUUGUCAUUAUUAAAGGGUCUCUUUUUCUCUCUUGUCCAUUGUCUGUCUAGUACUGCAUCUCAUACUCAUGUAGGUGAAUCUGCCAUACCAUACAUAGUCCAUUGACUGCCACUUUUCUGAGGGAGCGGGAACAGACCUUUUAUUUCGGAACUCCUUUGGAUAGCUUGUGUAUGGUAUUCACGUCCAUGGAGUUGAGCUGCAAUACCAGACAAAACCCAUAGACAGGUGUGCCUUUUUUGUAUUUUUUUCUGGGAAGAAAGAUUCUUUUUCAACUUCUACUAAAUGGCUGGGACACGCAGGGAACAUUUUCUGUUGGAGGGGUGUGCUCUGCUCUUUAAAGGGAUUGAAGUUUAUUUAUUCUGUUAUAAACAGCAGGGAUGAUGUUAAAAAAAUAAUAAUAAAAAAAAUUCCAAUCCAGCGGCGUGCUCUUUGCUGGGGUGAAGCCACAACAUGGUUUUAGCUGCAGUGGUGACAUUCAGUGGACUGCACCUGACCACUCGAGCCAAUUGGUGGCAGCAGUGGUGUAUGUCACGAGUCUAGUGAUUGACUUCAGGGGUAUAUGACCCGUCACCUCUGCAGCAAAACCAAUAUGGGACAUUGCUGGCUCCGGAAGGUAA